AACGUGGAAGAUAUUGUUGUUGCUGGUCGAGAUAGAACAGCUGCUGAGAAAGAGGAAGCAGAAGAAAAACUGCGGGAAGUGGUUGAAGCAGAGAAAGUUCGGCUAGAGGCGCAAAGGAGGAAGAUUUUGGCUAGCAGGCAUUCUCGAUUUUCUGGAUCGUAUGUUGUGAAAGGUCUAUCAGCUGUCAACAAAGAAAAAGAUAUGGUCGUGGUCAAGUAA